AUGGAGAGAACCGGAAAAGUGGCAAAGAGAUCACCGCAAAUUGAUCUUAACGAAAUUGACAGGGAAUUGUUCGGCGAGGAGGAACUGGAGAUCCUGCAAAGGGGACAUGUGUCCAACGAUGAGGAUCGCCAGAGCGAGAACCUUCUGGACAGCGAAUUGUUAGCGGUGAACCAAGAAGAUUUUAUCAUCCUAGAAGGAGCGAGCAGCAAUGAGAGCGCUGCAAGUGGGGCAAGUAGCGAGGGGUCCUCCGACUCGGAUGUGCAGCUCAUCCAGGAGGUGACUGCGCCUAAAGGAGGAACUCCCCAAAGGAAAAGCAACGGCAAAGAGAAGACUCCCUGUGAGGAGGAAAAAGCACACCGAAAGAAAAAGAAGAACCUGGAGGAUACAGAGGAGCCGGAGAACGAACUAUCCAACGAAAAAAUUUGGAACUUUAUGGAACUGAGAACGAAGAACAUAAAAAAAAAAAUUGAAGAAAAUAAACUAAUCACACACAUGCUAUGUUGGGUAGCCCACCUGAAAUUCUUAAACGAAACAUGCAAUAACAAAUUUGCGCAAGCCCUAAUAUACUCUGUGUAUGUGAAUUACCAAAAGGGGAAGGACAGUAAGCUUUACAAGGAUCCGAUAUACUUGUUCAUGUUUAUAAAGAGCACAUUUGAACUUGUCCUCGAUGGAAAAUCUUGGGUGUCUGGAGAUCAGCACGUCACAAGCAACCCUCGUGGUUCCAUCCUGUUUCGCUUGCUCAGGUGUAUACAAAGGAGAAGGGGAAAUAAUAUUCUGAUCAAUUUAAUAUUCAUUUGUCUUUGUAGAUGCUUAAACAUUCCCAGUCGCAUUUGUAUAACGUUGCCAAAUUUAAAAAGCGAAAUUGAUGGUGGACAGGAUAAGUGGAUCUUGAAAAAGUGCAGCGGGGAAUACCACUCUGAUUUUAGCAGAAGUAUUUUUUAUCGUCAGUUCGUGAACUCAGUCAAUGAGGGGAGUAAUGACGAAGAUAACGUGGCCAGCUGCGCUGAUGGAGAUGUACAGGGUAGCCGCAAUGACGAUGUCAUACUUAUCGAAAGAGAGGAAUUCCUUCAAAGCGGGCUGAACAAUUACGCGAAUACAUUCAAGCAAGGGGACAACGCAAAUAGUGCUAGAGGCUCCAGAAAAGUGCUGAAAGAUGAAACAGCACAAUUCAACAUCUUCUCUGAGUGCUACUCUACCAGUUUCAACAAAUGGGUGUCCUUCUUCUUUUGCUUUAACGUUUACUAUUUUAAUUUUGUUAAUUUCUCUAAAUAUGACAGUUCUGUUGCGCACGAAGAUAAGGCCUUCCAUAUUUUGCUGCCCCUUCCGAAGAACCCCGAAGAGAUAAAAACGUUCAGGACGCAGCGCAGGGCCUGUGCCCUGGGCAGCUUUGCGCACUCGCUCUUCAUGCGCAGGCGCGGCAGAGGAAGUGAAAAGAGCAGCGAAGGCAGCAGCAGCGAAGGCGAACAUGGUAAUGUAAGUGGUUCAGAACGUGGGAGCGACUCCCCGUAUCGCCAAGACAGCGAAAGAGAGGUAGACCCCGUGGCAACGAAUGUGUUCGGAGCGGAAGCUUCUCAGAAGAACACAAAUAUAAGCAGCCCCCAGUGCAGCGCCCAUGUCGGGGGGGGAAGAGUUCUAAUAGAUGGUCUACACAGUGGAGAGAAACAUAAGGAGGGUUGUUCGGCAACCCUAAGGAGAAAUAGGUUAUCGUCAGGUGAACCCAUCCCAGGGGAAAAAGGCAUUUCAUCAGUGAGAGAUAACUUGGCUAACUCGAAAUUUAAAAUUUUGAGCGACGACCACGGGGGGAAGAUGUAUAUCGAGAGGGACAACAAGUUCUUCAUAGUUGACAAGAAGAGCAAACGGGUGGUUCGGAUUGCCUACCUGGAGACGCCGGCGCAGGGGAAUUGCCCUCCAGAGACCGUCCAUCCAGAAGAAAAAAAAUCAGGAAUAGGAGGUAAGCGAACCAAGGUGGGCAAGGAACCCACCCUGUACGACUUCGAGCGGGAAGAAGAGAACAACGAAAUAUUGAACUCCCUUGCUAAAAUAUACAGCUCUGGGGGGAAGCGGAAUUUGCUGAUAAAUCAGAUCAAGGAGUUGCGUAUAGCCAACAGCAAAUUACGAGCUGAUGGCAACAGUGCCAUCAUGGGGUGUGAGGUGCGAGACUACGGAGAAAUCACUUAUGAUAAGAUGGCGAACCCAGUAAAGACAUCUUCACUCGAGGGGAAAUAUAUAAAGGUAUUCAUAAACAGUAAUGUAUAUAAAUUUUUGUAUAGCCUAGACCAUUACAACUUAUACAUAUGUAUUAACCGAUACGGCAUCGUGCGUGACGUGAGUGCGCGCCAUAAACUGAGGUACACCGGUGGGGGAAAUUCUCAGCGAAGUGGUCAGAGAAGCCGAGGAAAUAGCAGCAAUGCCAUCAUUAAGGGAGACAGCCAGUGCAACGUUGUCAGGAACCACUUCCGACGACUUGCCUACCAAAUUAACAGAAAAAGAUAUAAUGACUUUGAACAAGCACUGGACAAAUUAGAUGAUGAGUAUUUGUACAAUCUAUAUGUAAGCAAUAUGAUACCGACGGAGAAAACAGAUUUUCUGAAAUCCAGUUACUAUAUAUUAAGAUCUAUGUUGAAGAAGAACCAGGUGAUUUAUCCGAAUGCCCCCGUUGGGCUGUUCAAGGGAGAAAAUGUGUACUUGAAGGAAAACUUUUACAACCUAGUGAGGAGGGAGUGUUUGGAAAAUAAACACUACUACAUUAGCGAUGCGGAGAAGCCGCUAAGCUACGAGUUCGAUGAAUACAGCAAAGUGAAGGUGCCUCUAUAUGCGGAGUUUCAGCUGAGGAGGCGAACAGAAGCGGCGAUGAGUAGGAGGGGAGAAACUGAGCUAGAAAGCAGCACGAACAUUGCGAGCAGUGGUAACAACACUGGUAAUAGCAAUGCCAAUCGCGUGGAAGAAGCGUGCCCCCUCGGGGAGGAAGAAAACUUCGACUACAUUUACAGCAGGAAAGAUAAACAGCACGUACUCAGAACGAAGCUGUUUGCACACCUGAAGGCGAGCAACAUCAUCGAGCUGAAGGACGAAGACGUGUGUAUCUGUAAUGUCAAACUGAAGUAUGUCCUUAAACAUUUACGGGGAAUCAUCCCAUACAAAAUUGUCUAUAACAACUCGUACUUUUUUAAUAAAUUUCGUAAAAGGCCAAAUAUACCAACGGAUGCUGACAAAAUUAUAAUUAAAAAAAAACAUAUGCCACAGUUUAAAAAUCUGUACGUAACACAAAAACAAAUGCAGGACGAAUUUUUACUAAAUGAUAAAACGAAGCAAAUCAAAAACCUGUGGAAGGUACUCUGCAAGAGUAUCCUCUACGAGAAGGUGAACAAGAAAGCGAUCCAGGACAGGGCUCGCGCCAGGGCAAUUUACAAGAUGAAGGAAUUCAACAUAGAUGUUGAUCGGUACUUUCAAAUUUGA